UCAUAUUCAUUUUCCCGCCGAGUCCAGCGACACCAUACAUCGCCUCAACUACCCGGCCUGCUGCGGACAACACUGACUCCGGCGCAUCAGCCUGGAACACCACCGUCGGACAACCCGACACACCGCGAGAGCCAGCCCGACACGCGCAUUGAUCCUUCAGCCCAACAUCCCUACCUCCCGGACCGCUGCCAGAAACAUUUCCAUAUCAAUAUGUCGUCGGGAUUGACGAGACGUCGAGGGGGCGGUGGCGCGUCCAACGAUGCCGAGUCUAGCAACGGCGUUAAUCGUUCCCAUUCUUCGGCAGGUGUGCGCGACAGUGGCCCCGAGACUAGCUACGAGAAUAGCGAGAAUGGUCACAAGAUAGCCUUCGAUCCACGCGAUAUCAGCGAAAGCGCCGAGAGGAGCAAGCAGCCCAAGCUCACAUUGAUGGACGAGGUUGUACUUCUAGGACUUAAAGACAAGCAGGGGUACCUAUCUUUUUGGAACGACAACAUUAGUUACGCCUUGCGAGGAUGCAUCGUCAUAGAGCUUGCCUUCCGCGGCCGUAUCAGCAUGCAGAACGACCCAGCGCGGAGGAGGUUUCCCCUUGCUGACCGAGUAAUCGAAGUCAUCGAUGAUACACUCACGGGCGAGGUGCUGCUAGACGAAGCGCUGAAGAUGAUGAAGCAGAGCGAGAAAAUGAGCGUUGGCACAUGGAUUGAUCUGAUGAGCGGCGAGACUUGGAACCUGAUGAAGAUCGGCUAUCAGUUGAAACAGGUUCGGGAACGUCUCUGCAAAGGUCUUGUUGAUAAGGGUAUCUUGCGAACCGAAAAGCGCAAUUUUCUCCUAUUCGACAUGGCUACACACCCUGUGGCCGACGGCGGUGCUAAAGAUGAGAUUCGGAGGCGCGUUAGGAACGUCCUCACUCAACGCACUGUCGUCCUGCCUGGCUCCCAAUUCCUUCCCGAAACCCUUGAAUUCCGAUACACUCGCACUAUCGCCAUGAUUUGCGCUGCCUACGCUGCCAAUGUGCUCGAGAAUGCUCUAACCACUCUUGGUCACGAGGCUCGCGAACGCGCCUUCACCCAAACAGACGAGCUGCUUGCAGAGUAUUCACAAUGGCCAUUUGGCCGGAAACCAAGCUCCACCGGUAUCGGCGCCAACGUUCCCCAGGUUAUUGCCGAGGAGAUCAACGGUGCCAAGAAUAAGGAGCUUCAACUCGAAGUUGUUGCCGCAUGCCUAAGCGUCUUCACCCGCCUCGAUUCACUACUAUAAAGUUGAAUUACCUAAAAGCCUCAUGUUUGCUCUCCAAUUAUAAGGGAGG